UAUACCAAUCAAGCCUCAAAUAUGUCUUCUACUUGCUAUCUUGGUUUUGGGCAUUGACCUCUUCCAAGUCUUCGUCUUCUUUCUUUGCCAGCUGCCAGUUUUGUCACUCGUUUUGUUCAGAACCAUCCUUGAAUUCCCCUUAUUCCAUAUAUCUUCUCUAAGCCAAGAUCACUUGCUCUCUUCUUCGGAUGCAAGGUUAGAGGGAAAUUUCACCUGAGAGGUCGAGGUUCACAACCUCUGUUGGACCUCAAGCAGCCAUAUGGCAAAGGGCGAGCAGCCCAAGCUUGCCAUUGCUCUGACCAGCACCGCUGUUACUCCAGAAGCAGGAAAUAAUCACAGUGAAGACAGCAACACUCAUGGAGGCAGCACAGAGGAGCUUGGCACGGUCACCGGCAACACCAGGCAAGAAUCCAGAGUCACUGCAGAUUUUGAGCUCCUGUGGAGACUGCGUAAGUAUCUACUGCUGCUUGGAACUUUAGCUGUUAGUGUUACAUAUAAUGCUGGAUUAACUCCACCUGGAGGGUUCUGGUUAAACAACACAAAAAAAGGGCGUGAUGGACAUCAUGCUGGUGACUCUGUCCUUCGUGCUCUGUUCUUCCAAAGACACGAGGUAUUCUUUUACUGCAAUGCAACAGCCUUCGCUGCAUCACUUGUCCUAAUCAUCUUUCUUCUGAGUAAAAAUGUGACAAGGCAGAAGUUAUGGCUCCGCUCCAUGCAACUUACCAUGAUUCUGGAUCUGUUUAGCCUAAUGGGAGCCUAUGCUGCUGGAAGCUGCAGGGCAGUAAAGUCAUCCAUUUACAUCUGGGUUCUGGUCUUUGCUGUUUUCGUAUAUAUUAUGAUCCAUAUCCUAGUAUUUAUACUAGUUGUUCCAAAGUUUUUUUCGGAAAAAAGAUUUGUUCCAAAAUGGCUGAAAGAGAAGGUGCACUCUGUGCAAGGUUGGAUUCUAUCCAAGUGUCAUAAGAGCCAAAGGAACAGUCCCCAAGAGAAAGAUAUAGAUGAAGCUCGCAAAUUCAUUUUCAUGCUUGUGACUUUCGCUGCUACUGUCACAUACCAAGCUGGGUUGAGUCCACCGGGUGGGUUUUGGGCUGAAAAUGAGCAAAAUAAAAUUCCAGCUACAUCUAUGCUUCGCAGUAAAAACCUUGCUAGAUAUAAUACUUUUGUUACUUUCAACUCGACUUCCUUUGUUGCAUCUUUGGUCACGAUCAUACUGCUUCUGAGCCCAGAAUUGAGCGGGCAUGGUAUAAGAUCCAAAGCGGUGACUGUUUGUGUUGUUGUUGACAUAUUGGGCCUGAUUGGAGCAUAUGCUGCAGGAAGCUGUAGGAGUAUGGUGACAUCUUUCGGUGCUAUUUUACUUGCUGUUGUAGUAUGGAUCUUCUUUGCAGUUUUAGCUGGGACAUUUGUUAACAGAUCUGUAGCAGCCUGGUUUGAAAAGAUCAGACCAGAUUUUAUGAAGUGCAUAAAUAAACUUGGCCGGGUCAUUUCAUUGAACUUUGGCAGCAGCCGAUCAAUAAAUACAGUGGGAGAGAAUUCUGUUGCAAGUCAUCGGCAAACUGCAGGUUGUGAAACAGAACCAGAAAGUGCUUCGGUACCAGAAUGCCAGCUUGCAUACAAUCAGCAAGUUUCAAAUACCAAAGAGGGUGAAUCCUCUAGGGAGCAUCAGAGUCCAGGCAAACAACAAACUGCAAACAAUGAGGAGGUUGGGUCCAGCUCAGAGGAUGCAUUUGUGAAUGACAAGCAAGCAGCAAACAGCAACAAUGUCAUGUGCAACCUGGAAGGUCAAUCUUCAGACCACAAUUCAAUUGCAAAUGAGGCUAUGCCUGAAAUUAAAACAGAAAACAUUCAAGUUGCGAGUAUGGAGGAAAAAUCUUCAUUGGUGGAUGAUCUUAUGACUCCAAAUACCAUAGCUGGUAUGUCUAACCAUGAGCAUCAAUUGGAUGAUAACCAGACAGUUGAAAAUAUGAUUGGGCAAUCUUUGUCUACUGAUGAUCAUGAAUCUAUAUUCAUGCCGGUGGAGUGCUUGCCCGAAGACAAAUUGUUAGCCAAUAACCAUAAUGGAGCCACCAACAAUCUCAAGGAAGAGAAAGAAUCUUUAGAGAAGCCUAUGGUAUCCAUUGAGAUAGAGGAGGUGGAAAAUAAAAAUGCCACGAGACCUAUUGAGAAUGGAAACACUGGCAUGCAUGAAGUAGCUCCCAGACAAUAUGCCAGCAAUGGAAAUGCGGGUGCCAAUCCAACUGAUGAACAUCUGAAGAAGUCUCGUACAUAUCUUCUUCUUCUAGCCAUUCUUGCAGUAUCCCUGACAUACCAAUCAGGUUUAAAUCCACCAGGUGGUUUCUGGUCACAAAGGGAGAACAAUAAUUCAACUCGUGAUCCCAUCCCUAAAAAUAAUCACCAUCGGCCCUACCACUUACCUGGUGAUCCCGUCCUUGAGGACACUCACCAUCCACGCUAUAUCACAUUCUUCUAUUUGAAUGCUAUCGCUUUUGUUGCAUCCCUUGUAAUGAUUAUUAUGCUCCUAAACCGGAGGAUGAGCAACAAGGUCAUAAAACGAUAUGCACUGCAGAUAACAAUGAUAGUGGAUCUUCUUGCUCUAACAGGGUCCUAUGCUAUGGGGAGCUGUAGGGAGACAAAGAAUUCCAUAUAUAUCUGGCUGUUGGUGUGCCUUGUACUGGCUUAUGUGGCUGUUCAUGUUCUGAUAUCAAUACAUAUGGUACCUGAAGGUUGCAGAAAGGCUGUGGCAAAUAAGCUUGAGAACUUCUCUUGCAGAUAUAUAUGGACAAAGGCUUCGUUUGGGCACAACCAGAGAAGUGAUGUUAAUGAUAAUGACUGUGAGCUUGGUCACAAUCAGGAGGGCGAUGCUGAUGACAGGAACUGGGAGCGGAGGCGUAAUUUAUUAUUGAUGCUUGCUGUUCUAGCGGCAACAGUCACGUACCAAGCUGGCAUGAACCCUCCAGGAGGUGUAUGGUCUGAUGACAAGGCGGUCAGUGGUAAACCAGGAGAUCCAAUCCUUCAGCAGAACAAUUUAAAGCGUUAUGAUGUGUUCUACUACUCAAACUCACUCUCAUUCGUGUCAUCUGUAGUUAUCACAAUACUGCUUGUGAACAAGGAAUCCUGUGAGCAUGGUAUCAAGUCCUAUGCACUACGAGUAUGUUUGGUGGUGGGCUUGGUUAGCCUCUUGAUUGCGUAUUCUGCAGGAAGCUGUAGGAAAGCAAGAGAAUCUAUUUAUCUCAUCAUCAUUGCUGUUGCAGUUCUGAUCGCCCUUGUGGCUCAAGUGCUUCUGCUCUCCUCAGCACAAGAUGGACUAAGAGGGCCAACUGGAGAAUCUAUAGAACGUGUGCUUCAGCUGCUUUUUGGUAAGGAGUCAUCCUGGCAUGGAACUACUUCUAAGCAGCAAGAAAGCUCUGGUCAUCCUGAGAAAAAUGUUCGAAAGAGGCACAAGUAUUUGAUGCUGCUUGCAAUUUUAGCUGCCUCCAUCACGUACCAAGCUGGCCUCAACCCACCAGGUGGUUUCUGGUCUGAUGAUGAUGAAGGCCAUGUGGAAGGCAACCCAGGCCUAAAACCACCUGGUGUCCUGUGGUCUGAUAACAAAGGUCAUUUGGCAGGCAAUCCUGUUCUUCUUGAUAUUAAUCCUCAGCGCUACGAAAUAUUCUUCUGCUUCAACUCUAUCUCAUUCAUGGCAUCUAUUGUUGUAAUCAUGUUUCUGUUGAAUAAAUCUGCCCGGAAGAAAAGUGUGCCACUAGAGGUAUUGCACUUGAUCAUGAUACUGGACCUGCUGGCCCUCAUGACAGCUUUUGCUGCUGGAAGCUGCCGGAAAUUCAGGACUUCAGUCUAUGUGUAUGCUCUAGUAGUCGGUGUUGUAGUAUACCUUGUUAUUGUAAUUCUUUUGUCAACUGGCAUUGCAAAAUGUCUGAGGCCGCCGGAGAGAAGUAGGUUUCCCUCUCAGAGAAGUCCUAUUCGCGAUUCUGCAACUAGCACACUGAUACCUGAAGACCAAGAUUGAAGGUUCCAUUCCUUUGGUAAUAGUAUUAAUUUAAAAGUUUGUUUUGCUGGAUUAUCUGGCCAUAUUUGUUUUUCAGUGCACGUUUUCAGAGUUUGAACAGAAUUGAAAUUCAGUUAUGCUGUAUGAUGUUCAGUUUCUUUAGAUCGUAAAUUUGGGUACAAACCUGAAGCUACAUGUGUAUGCAUUAGGUUCAAGUUUACUUGAUUCCAGUGAACCUGAAAGUAUUUUCUUUACUUGAUUCCAAUACACUGUUUUGAGA